UUUCCAAAUCAUUUAGUUCACAGACAAUAUAUAAGGCAAAAGACAAAAAUAAACAACAUAAAUAGGUCGUCAUUGAAGUUACAUCCUGUGUGGUUAACACUGUAUUAAAGAGCUUGUGAAUCAAUCUCUUUUAUUGAUUAAACUCAUUUAAUAUUCAUUGAAAGAUAGAUGUUUCAUGUUAGGAUUUAUUUUGUGACAGUUAAAUGAUUUGAACAGUCGAAAGUAUGUGAUACCAGUACUCCCACAUUGUAUUGAUAAGCAGUUGUAGUUAAACCACCAUGUCUAAGGCUGACCUGAUUUCUUUACGCUCUGAGUUGGAGAGAACUAGAGAUAAUGUACACAACGAUCUUCAAGGGGUUAAAUAUGCUUUAUACGGGUACAAAGAUGGCGGAAACAUUGCUGACAAUAGCAAUACGUUAGUGGUUGAAGAAGAAGGAGAAGCGGGUGGUUUAGAAGAACUGCUGGGACAAUUUAACAGUGGGCGAAUACAGUAUGGAUUGGCUGGGAUCAAACUAGAGAUGGGAGUAAAGUGUGUACUGAUAGCCUGGCAGUGAUAAAUAUAUCCUAGUGUAUACUGAUAGCCUGGCAGUGAUAAAUAUAUCCUAGUGUGUACUGCUAGCCUGGCAGUGAUAAAUAUAUCCUAGUUUGUACUGCUAGCCUGGCAUUGAUACAUAUAUCCUAGUGUGGACUGCUAGCCUGGCAGUGUAAAAUAUAUCCUAGUGUGUACUGCUAGCCUGGCAGUGAUGAAUAUAUCCUAGUUUGUACUGAUAGCCUAGCAGUGAUAAAUAUAUCCUAGUGUGUACUGAUAGCCUGGCAGUGAUAAAUAUAUCCUAGUGUGUACUGAUAGCCUAGCAGUGAUAAAUAUAUCCUAGUGUGUACUGAUAGCCUGGCAGUGAUAAAUAUAUCCUAGUGUGUACUGAUAGCCUGGCAGUGAUAAAUAUAUCCUAGUGUGUACUGCUAGCCCAGCAGUGAUAAAUAUAUCCUAGUGUGUACUGCUAGCCUGGCAGUGAUAAAUAUAUCCUAGUUUGUACUGAUAGCCUGGCA